GUGCAGAGAGACAGGCAGUGUGCAGAGAGACAGGCAGUGUGCGGAGAGACAGGCAGAGACAGAGAGACAGGCAGAGACAGAGAGACAGGCAGUGUGCAGAGAGACAGGCAGAGACAGAGAGACAGGCAGUGUGCAGAGAGACAGGCAGAGACAGAGAGACAGGCAGUGUGCAGAGAGACAGGCAGUGUGCGGAGCGGCCAGCAGACACACAGAGGACAGACAGACAGGCAGAGAGAGAGAGACAGACAGCUGUUUAUGUUACCGGUUCUCAGCCGUUAACCGACCUCAGUCUCGAUGGCGGCCCGUCGGUUGGUGGAGGUCUACCUGGACCUGCUGUCGCAGCCCUGCCGGGCGGUCCACAUCCUGCUCUCCUGUACCGGGAUCCCGCACACCGUCCGGACCGUGGCUCUACGGAAAGGAGAGAACAGGACUCCAGAAUUCACAAAGUUGAACCCGAUGCAGAAAGUUCCUGUAAUGGUGGACAACGGCUUCGUCCUCACAGAGAGUGAUGCCAUCCUGAAGUACCUGGUCACCAGGUACGAUGUCCCGGAGCAUUGGUAUCCACGGCAACCAGAGAGACGAGCCAGAGUGGACGAAUACACGGCCUGGCACCAUAGCAACACCCGACCUCACGCUGCUAGAGUCUUUAUACUGGAGGUGCUCCUCCCGGCUCAGUCCGGCUCUCCGGUGGACGAGGUGCGUUUGAAUCGUGCUCUCUCUGAGCUCGACGUCAGUCUGGACCGGUUGGAGACGGCGUUCCUGCGCAGACAGCCCUUCCUGUGCGGCGAUGACAUCACCGUGGCUGACCUGCUGGCCGUCUGUGAGCUCAUGCAGCCGCUGGGGGGGGGCAGAGACGUCCUGCAGCGGCGUCCUGAGCUGCAGCGCUGGAGGAGCAGAGUUCAGACAGCCGUCGGCGAGUCCUUCGACAGAGCUCACGCCGUCCUGUACGCCGUCAGAGAGCGCCGCAGCGCCAAGCUGUGACCUCACCACAGAGGGGCGGGGCCAAGAGACACCACAGCCUGAGGGAAGGAGGAGCCAAUCAGCAGCCAAUCAGCAGCCACAACCAGACGAAGAUAAUGAGGCGACGUUAACAAACCAUCACUGAUUGAUUAGAUUGAUCAGUUUCUGAUGCAUAAUCAAUGUUACUCUGCAGAUCAACAUCAGACUGUAGAUAAUCAAUAAUCAGAUUGAUCAGCUCUUUAAAUAAAGUUUAUUUUGUUUAUUUACUCGUUAGUCUGAUCUGUUGUUUCUGUGUAUUGAUCUGUUUCUGUGUAUUGAUCUGUUUCUGUGUAUUGAUCGGUUUCUGUGUAUUGAUCGGUUUCUGUGUAUUGAUCGGUUUCUGUGUAUUGAUCGAUCUACUUUGAGGAAUCUAAAAUAUAAAACAUGUUUAAAGUUAUUUCACUUUUGUUUACGACAUAAUUCCACAUGUGUUCAUUCAUAGUGUAAAUAAAGAAAAAACAUUAAAUGAGAAGGUGUCCAAA